GUGACAUCAGCGGAAGGGGACGGGCGCCGGUUGUUGUUGGAGAGAAGAGGCGGAGGAAGCGGGCCGGUAGAGACAAGAGCCUGGGGGAGGCUCCGAAUAUGCACAGCCUGGCCACGGCGGCGCCAGUGCCAGCAGCACUCGCCCCCGUAGACAGAGAAAAGAUUUAUCAGUGGAUCAAUGAAUUGUCAAGCCCAGAAAGUCGGGAGAAUGCUCUGUUGGAGCUUAGCAAGAAGCGGGAAUCUGUCCCAGAUCUCGCCCCUAUGCUGUGGCAUUCAUUUGGUACUAUUGCAGCACUGUUACAGGAAAUUGUAAAUAUCUACCCAUCAAUAAACCCUCCUACCCUGACAGCACAUCAAUCCAAUCGAGUGUGUAAUGCACUGGCCUUGCUACAAUGUGUGGCAUCGCACCCGGAAACCAGAUCUGCCUUUCUUGCAGCACAUAUUCCAUUGUUCUUAUAUCCUUUCCUGCACACUGUCAGCAAAACUCGGCCUUUCGAAUACCUGAGGCUGACCAGCCUGGGAGUAAUUGGAGCUCUGGUGAAAACAGAUGAGCAAGAGGUCAUCAAUUUCCUGCUGACUACAGAAAUUAUCCCACUGUGUCUGCGUAUUAUGGAAUCUGGAAGUGAACUUUCUAAAACUGUAGCCACUUUUAUCCUUCAGAAGAUUCUGCUUGAUGACACUGGCUUGGCCUACAUUUGUCAGACCUACGAGCGCUUCUCCCACGUGGCUAUGAUUUUGGGUAAAAUGGUUCUGCAGCUUUCGAAGGAGCCGUCUGCCAGACUACUGAAGCACGUUGUCCGCUGUUACCUCCGUCUGUCUGACAACCCAAGAGCACGAGAAGCAUUGCGGCAAUGUCUGCCUGACCAGCUGAAAGACACAACCUUCGCACAGGUCCUGAAGGAUGACACCACAACCAAACGCUGGCUGGCUCAGCUUGUUAAGAACCUGCAGGAGGGGCAAGUCACUGACCCAAGAGGAAUACCGCUCCCUCCUCAGUGACCCAUCGGCAAAGGAAAACCAGACACAGCUGCACCACACAAACGCAUCGCAAAUGCACUUGGACUUUUCAGAUGUGGAUUCCUAACCCGUCAGCGUCACAGCCUCACAAAUGGACAAUUUCUCUUAACCAUCUGCACCACCCGCAGCUCUUCAGAAUAAAGGACUCUAGUCUUUCCUCCAGCAAGAUAAUUCUAUUGCAGAGGCUGAACUGUAAGAAAAUGUUGUUCUUGUUGAUCAAGAGUUUAAUGCUUAAAUAAUAUCCAGGUCUCUGGACAUUGGAGAGCUCUCUCUUUCUUUUUGUACUGUUCACAGAAUAACACUUGGUCCAGUCACAGUCCUUCUGGAGUUUUAGCUGCAGCACACUGGGCCAAAGCACGCUCCAUCCCACUGCCUGUUUUCCCUUCUACGAUUCUUCCAGAGCUUGUAGCUGUGUCUGAAUUUUGGAUAUAAUAA